AUGGACAUGAAGAAAAGAAUUCACCUAGAGUUGCGGAACCGCACUCCGUCAGACGUCAAAGAGCUUGUGCUAGACAACUGUCGCUCAAAUGAAGGAAAGAUCGAGGGCCUAACAGACGAAUUUGAGGAGCUGGAGUUUCUAAGCACAAUCAACGUGGGUCUCACGACAGUUGCUCAUUUGCCGAAGCUGAAGAAACUCAAAAAGCUCGAACUCAGCGACAACAGGAUCUCGGGAGGGUUGGAAGUUCUGGCAGAAAAGUGCCCAAACCUCACGCAUCUCAACCUCAGCGGCAACAAGAUAAAAGACCUCAGCACAAUAGAACCACUCAAAGAACUUGGGGCCCUGAAAAGCUUAGAUCUGUUCAACUGUGAGGUGACAAACCUCAACGAAUACAGAGACAACGUGUUCAAGCUACUACCGCAGCUCACGUACCUGGACGGCUACGAUAAGGACGACAAAGAGGCCCCGGACUCCGACGGCGAGGUGUACGCCGAAGGUCUGGACGACGAAGAGGAGGACGAGGACGAUGAGGAGGAGUACGAUGAAGACGCGCCACCCGGGGAUGAGGAGGACGAGGAGGGAGAGGAAGAUGAGGAGGAGAACGAGGAAGAGGAGGAGGACGACCUGAGUGGAGAGGAGGAAGAAGAGGAAGACUUGAAUGACAAAGAGGUUGAUGACGAGGAAGAUGAAGAGGAGGAGCGAGGCCAGAAGAGAAAAAGGGAACUCGAUGAAGAAGGAGAGGAGGAUGAGGACGAUUAA